GUGUCUGGCAGGUACAAAGAUUAGGACGGCUAUGAGAGAGAGAGAGAGAGAGAGACAGAAGGACACAGAGAGACAUAGAGAGACAGAGGGAGAGAGAUAAAAGAGAGUGUGUGGUGGGAGUACAGGGCUGUGGAGUUGAGAGGCACCUUGCUAGUUCUCAGUGGGGAUGCAUGCGGUAACCGCAGUAGAUAUGCUGCACAGGGAAAUACUAGUUUAUUGAAUUUGUUUAUCUGCGUGUGUGUAUGUGUGUGUUGUUGAGGGCACGACCGCAGCAGAGAAAAAUGGACGUCAGCGAAAUGGAUGCACUCUGAAAGAUCAGUAGACUAUUUAUCCGUCUGCUGUCUUUCCAUCUUUUGUGUCUGUGUUUCGAUCUGUCUGUCUGUCCGUCUGUCUGUCAAAUGGAGCGAUAGAUGUGCGAAGAGCUGGAUAGAGAGAGAUAGCUGUAAAGUGUAGAGGGGAAUAAGGUGAAGAUGGAUUAUCAAGGAGUGCUGCUCCACCGGAGCGUGCCGUCGCGGUGUUCGUACUGUGGACAGCUGGCGUGCGCCUACACCACCGUGCACAUCUCCACCGCUGAGAUGGAGUCCUACUCCUGGUUUCUGAGGGCGUGUUGUGAGUCUGCCACCAUCACCACCGUCACCACCAUCACCACUACCAGCAUACAGAGGAAUGAGAUCAUGCAGCAGGAGAUCAGGCCCCUGCUGGCUAUGGACAUCAUCGAGCAGCUGCAUCGCCAGUUUGCCAUGCUGUCAGGAGGGCGGGGCAAAGAUGGGGCCCCCAUUAUCACGUUCCCAGAGUACACCGAUUUUACCGAUCUGCCUGAUGAGGACUUCCUAAAUGUGGUCACCUAUCUGACAAGCAUUCCCAGCCUGGACGCCGCCAGCAUCGGCUUCGUGAUCAUCAUUGACAGAAGGAAGGACAAGUGGACGUCUGUCAAGGCCUCCCUCACAAGGAUAGCUGGAGCGUUUCCUGGGAAUCUCCAGCUUGUGCUGGUGUUGAGGCCGUCCCGGUUCCUGCAGAGAACCAUAGCCGACAUUGGCAUCAAGAUGCACAGGGACGACUUUAAAAUGAAGGUACCGAUCGUAAUGCUCAACUCGCUGUCAGACCUGCACGGCUAUGUGGAUAAGUGCCAGCUGACCUGUGAGCUCGGAGGAAGUCUGGACUACUGCCACAGUCAGUGGAUCCACCACCGCACGGCUAUCGAGAACUUUGCAGUGACGGUGAAGACCACAGCCAAGAUGCUGCAGAAGUUUGGCACGGACCUGGCCGAAACGGAGCUGCCCAAUGACGUACCGUGCACCAAGGAGCUCCUGACCGCACACACCGAGAAACACACCACGCUCAAGGAUGAAUUGAAACUAGCACUAAAGCAGGGAACGACAUUGCUAGGUUGUAUAAAGGAACAGUCGGCCAAAUCAGAGAGCCACAAACUCAACCCAGACGAAAUAGAGAACCAGACCACCGUAGAAAGGCUGUUAGCCCAGCUGGACGAGACAGAAAAUGCCUUUGAGCAGUUCUGGUCAAAACACCAUCUGAAACUGGAACAGUGUUUGCAGUUGCGACACUUUGAACAGGACUACAGAGAGGUCAAAUUAUCCUUGGACAGUUUAUUGGAAGCGCUUAAUGGCCUUACAGAUAACGGGGAUUGUGUGGCAAGAGUGGAAUAUCUGCUGAAGGAACUGAAGUCUUUAGAAGAAAAGGCCAAGGCCACGGUGGAGGAGGCCCACCUCCACGCCUCCCACGGCGACCAGCUGAUCCAGAGCAACCACUACGCCGUAGACUCCAUCCGGCCCAAGUGCGUGGAGCUGCGACGCGUCUGCGAUGACUUCAGCAACGAGGCCCGCAAGAAGACGGACGUCUUGUCCAAGUCGCUGCAGAUCCACCGGGGCAUCGAUAAGGUGAACCAGUGGUGUGAGGCCGGUGUUUUCCUGCUGGCGUCCCAGGCCGUGGACAAGUGUCAGUUGCAAGAAGGGGCGGAGUCAGGGCUGGUGGACAUCGAGCGCUUCCAGGAGACAGCCAACGAGAAGCAGCUGACAGAGCUCCGGAACAUCCACAACCAGUACGAGAUGGUGCUCUCAGAAGACAUCAAGGCCAGUGUGCUGAAGGCCUUGAAGAGACUGGAGGACGUCCAAGAGAUGUUCGAGAAGCGACACGCUAGUCUAAAGAAGCUGUCGGCCAAACAGACCAGGCCUGUGCAGCCUGUGGCCCCGCGGCCCGAGUCUUCCCCUAAGAGACCCCCCCUAAAGAACCAAUCCAGGACCCCAGUGGCCCCACAGUCUCUCGCCCGCAGAGUGUCAGAGAACACAAACAGCAGCAAGCAGCCUGCCGAGGCAGACCUCAACAAGAAAAAGAACAUACGCAAGGCAAAGGGAGGCCUCAAGAUUGAGGUGAUGCAUGAAGCAAGCCAGGGGGGCUCCACGCACGUGGUCCCUUCUGCAGAGACCGAAGAGAGCCUCUCGAACAGACGCAGACACAUCAUGACAGAGCUGAUUGAAACCGAGCGGCUGUAUGUUGAAGAAUUACAAAGCAUCAUGGAGGGCUACUUUUCCGAGCUGGAUAACUCUGAGCUCAGCCACCUCAUCCCUCCCUCGCUGGAGAACAAGCGGGAUGUGUUGUUCGGCAACCUGCCAGAGAUUUAUGAAUUCCACAAUAGGACGUUUCUGAAGGAGCUGGAGAACUGUGAAGAGAAGCCAGAGUUGGUUGGGACCUGCUUUCUGAAAAGGAAGGAGCUUCAGGUGUAUGAGAAGUAUUGCCAGAAUAAACCACGAUCAGAGGUCCUCUGGAGGCAGUGUGGAGACAGUCUAUUCUUUCAGGAGUGUCAGAAGAAGCUGGAUCACAAGCUCUCGCUGGAUGCGUAUCUACUGAAGCCGGUGCAGCGCAUCACAAAAUACCAGCUCCUGCUAAAGGAGAUGCUGAAGUGCAGCAAGGGGGAGGGCACGGUGGAGCUGGAGGAGGCCCUAGCCACCAUGCUGGACAUCAUCAAAUCCGUCAACGACUCCAUGCACCAGAUCGCCAUCACAGGCUUCGAGGGGAACCUGAGCGAGCUAGGCAAGUUGCUAAUGCAGGGUUCCUUCAACGUCUGGACGGACCACAAGAGGGGCCACAGCAAGGUGAAGGACCUCGCCAGAUUCAAGCCCAUGCAGAGACACUUGUUCCUGUACCACAAGAUGCUGCUGUUCUGCAAGAAGAGAGAGGAGACCAUCGAUGGACAUGACAAGACCCCGUCCUACGGCUUCAAACACACCCUCAAGAUGAGUAGUGUGGGAAUCACAGAGAAUGUGAAAGGCGACAUCAAGAAGUUUGAGGUGUGGUACAACGGCAGGGAGGAGGUCUACAUUAUCCAGGCUUCCUCUAUGGAUGUGAAAAAUAUGUGGGUGUCGGAGAUCCGUAAAGUUCUGACAGGCCAGCUUGAGGCGUGCAGAGAAGCCAGCCAGCUUCACCAGAAAAUCCCGGAUAACAUCUACAGCGCCCCCAUGAGGAACGUGCGAAAGGUGGCACUGCGACAGUCUGAUUCGUCGAGUCCAGAGUCAGGCUUCAGAAGGAACAACCCCAGCCCUAACAUGAGACAGAAACGAGGUGCGCUCUCAGCUGGCAUAAAGAACAAGAGACAUGAGAUAAAGAGCGAUCCCACCCCGUUUGGUUACGAAGACACGCUGCGUGGCACUAUCGGCGUCAUCAGGAAGCGUCAGAGCGUCAUCGGCGCCGACACCAAGUCGCACUGCCACACCGUCCCGGUGCCCAGGUCCACCUCCCAGCCAGGCUGGAACCAGAAGUGCCUUCGGUCCACGGACAACGAGGACUUCGAGCCCAUCCCCUCCAGCGCCGAGGAGCUGUCCAAUUCCUCCGAAGAGGAAGGCAGCAACAAAAAUAGCGACAGCGUGCGUUUCCGGGUGCAGCUGACCUACGAGUCGUGUGCCGCCAAGGACCUGUCCCUGGAGUCAGGUGACCUGGUGCAGUUCCUCGAGGAGGCGGAGAACGGACACUGGCUAGUCAAGAAGCUUCUAACAGAGGAGACGGGGCUGGUCCCGGCCAGCAUCCUGCAGUCAGCAGCGGAAGGAGAUAUCUUCAGUGACCUGUGCACAGCGGCGCUGUCUGACUCGGAUGAUAACGAAGCAAGUACCUGGGGUGACGUCUCUCAGGACAGCUGAUUGGCCACUAAAAUAUGAUGAUGAUGAUGACCCAGACCAUGGCCAUGACGAUGCAAAUCGAGAGUCCAUGUUGGGAUGGCAAGCUGCUGGAUAGUUUUUACAAAUUGUUAUUCUUACUGCUGGACACAGUUAUUUUCAUAAUUUCUCCUAACUAUGGAUCUCCCGAGACUUUUGAUUUUGUUUUGUGUUUUUUUAUUACGUUUGAUUCAUUGAACACUGAACUUUUCGGGCGAAUAGGGGUGCAAAGCUCCGGCCUGCAAUGAAACCAAAUCAAAACCCUAAAAACAAGCAUUAUCUCAUGUUACACGCUUAUGGAGAAACAAAACGUGCAGGCGAUUAUGGUUUUUUGUACUGUUUUUAAACUGUCAAAUCCCAAGAGACAUUUAAGAAAGAAAUAAGUUGAAUUCACUUUUUCUAGACAUUCUCUUGUUAGUCCUGAAUUGCACUGAAAAAAGAAAAGGCCUAGCAUUAUUUGAGAGUGCAUGCGUCUCCCUGCCUUUGUGCUGCACUGCUUUCGCUACUUAGGGGCUUUGAGGUCCUCGCAACACACGUAUACAUGGGGCAAGUGGUAAAAAGACACAGGUAUAGAGAAGAUGCUGUACAUCAUUUGCAGCUCUGACUGCUCGCCUUAUUGAAGCCGAAUGCAUGACCCCGGUCCCAUUUGGAACUCAUCUGCAACAUUGUUGACAGGAUAACUGGACUUUCAAACAAAAACUAAGAAUGAGACGAAUGAUGCACAAGACAACGUGUCACAUUUUUACACUCUUGUUUUGUGAGUGUUGCAACAGUAUAGCAAACUGGCUACCAGAUAUUGGUUGACUUUCAUAAAUAAUGCAGAUGGUUGUUGGGCAAAAAAAAAACCUGUGCUAGAAUACUUGCAGUUGCUCUGGUGGUCUGCCUUGCAGCAGUCGCUUGAUAUUGCUUUGUCUUUUAAUGAUAGGACUAAUAGGGAUUUAAAGCCUAAGCAGUAGCAAGUGUUAUUAUUUCACUAAUACUAUCGUUGUUGCUUGUCUUAUCCAUCUGUUUUGCACCAUGUUGAGCUGAUAAUGAGGAUUUAACACAAGCUCCUGUCCACAACACCUAGUCAUACCUUUUUAACCGAAUACUUCAGUACACCUACCAUCACAACUGAAUGUACUAAUUGAACCCAAUGUCCUUCCCAUCCGCCGGGCUUAUUGCUAUUGGAUUAGCCAGAGCCAGGGGAGGUCCUCCUUGUCCCUCUGACACUGCUACUGGAGGUUACCUGCUGGUGGGUUGAUUGAGGCUUGAUGGAGAAAAACCCACACUUAUAUUAAAUGCCAUUUUAGUUGGUUAUUAUCAGUGACUGGGAGAGGGGAUACAAUGCAAUGCCAAAUUGACCAUGUAAAAGCUUUUCCUUCCUAUAUGAUUACCUUUGCUCAUUUUUUUCAACAACCUUUCAAUGUCUUUUUGCACAUUUGGUGAUGGAAGGAACCAAACGCGCCCAGGCCCUGUUGUUUUCCAUCUGAAAUGAAGUAUGAGACAAUAUUGGGCGCUGACCAAAAUAUCAGUAAUUGAAUCUGGUUCUGUGGAAAGUGUUAAUAUUAGCAUCAACUGUUGCUCAUAUGUUUCCCACGCUGGCAUUGCUCCAUGGUGGAGGCUAUCGGGAGUAGACGCGUCCAUUCAAGUGCUCUGUGUUUGGUCACAACCCCCUGAAGAUCAACAUCGUGUGGCAGCUUCACAACACCGCUAUGUUCACCGACCAGCCACCAGAGACCAAUACUUCAAGGCUUGGCUAUUCAGAUUGGUAUUCAGUUUGUUGCCAUGGUGAUACUGCAAUAUUACUCAGAGAGAUAUUCAUAUUUCUUUGCUCUGUGUGGGCUGUAUUUUUUUGUUUUUGUCGUGGGGUGGGGAUAACAACAUUGAUAGGAAAUAUGUAAAUAUAUUUCAGUUUCUCUGAUAGAGCAGUGCGCCCUUUCUGGUUAAUGGACAUAAACACACUCUCCAUCCGAGACAAGCUUGAUUGUAUUUUCACCUUGAAACUCCUUAAAGCUCCCCCGAAGUGGUGGUGUAUCUCACCUCAGGCUGGACCUGUUUACAUGAACAGGAAGUCUGAGUACCGCAGGAAGGCAGGCUAUAGUCAGCCCUGCUUAUGUCCACACUCUAGUGUCUCCUAGUAAAAUACUGAUUUGGCACACAUCUAUCCAUGCAAUGCACUCAAUAUAGGAUAUUCAUUGUAUAUCCAACAUAUAGGAUUCCUAGGACAAAUAGAGGUUUUUAAGAUGGUUCAUUGGAUAACUGUCUAAAUGUAUUCCUGUAUUUGUGUCUCUUUUGACAACGACACGCUGUUAUUAAAUGAAGAAAUCUGCAUCCUUUGCUACUGAGAAGCCAUCCAAAUCAUGUUGAAGAAUAGGUGAGAUCCUUGGAUGCAUUUACAUGAUGAGGAAGAUGAUAUUUAAAAUCAUGUUUAUAAGAAAUAGUUCAUUGUUGCAUAUUUUGUCACUCUUCAAAUGUGUAACACAAAUUCAUUUUGGAUUGCUAUUAUCUGUAUCAGAGGGUAGCAGUCUUGUCAAGGUCUCAUACUAUUAACAAAUACUUGGUUUGACUGUAGCAAAGUACAAGCAUUGAACAUAUUGUAUAUUUUCUGUAUUUUAACUUCAAUGAGUCUUACUCAAAGUCUUUGUAAAGUAAAGAAUUCUGUAUCAUGCAUUCUGUUGUAAUUUUACUCCUAUAUGUUAUAAGAUGUAUCAAUGAAACUGUAUAAAGAACUAUUAUUGUCAUGGGUAUUACAUCACAGACUCUGCAUUUCCUUAUAACAGUACACGCAUCACAUUUGCAAUUUAUGUCUGUCUGUUGUCUUUGCUCAAACCAAAUGCAUUACAAUUUAACCUAUGUGAUCAAAUAUUCAGUGGUAGCUGUUUUUCAUUCAUUUUUCAUGACUGUUUUGACCUUUAUAAAGAUAUUUGAUGUUUCAUCCUUACAAAGGAUAAAAGUGUUAUAGGUAUCUUAAGUAUAACAACAUCACUAUCAACUCUAUUUUAAACAUGCUAUUUUCACUCUUUAACUGUUAAAUCUAUUGAUGGAAUUCUUCCCUAUGUUGCAAUGUAACGUAGACCACUCCUGUGCUGAGCACAGUCAAUUGUUACAGACUGUAAUCUCCUACCCCACUGAGGAACUGAAAUAAUAUAAACAAUAGAUUAUUUUGUCAUUUAAUAUACAUUCACACUCAAAUUAGCUAAUGAAUACAAUUCUUUUUUUUUUUUUUUUUUGGGGUAUAUUUCUGGCCUUUGCGACACACCGUCUCAAGUCAGGUUGGCCCAAUGACAGGCUUUCUCAAAUAGCAUUCCAUGGCAACGGCUUAAGUACUCAGACGAUGUUAACACAUGCCAGGUAAACUAAAUUUAUCCAUCUCAUUCCAUCUCCCCCGACAUUCAUUCCUAAAGCUUGCAUAAACAAGAUCCCUGGAAUUGGAUACUUCUUUCGAGUCCCUAAAUAUGGAUAUAUUUAGUGUUAUAUUGAAGGUUAAUCCUCACCAGUAAUAUUAUAAUAUGGUAAUAACAGACCCAAUAUUAUACUGCACAAUAAUCAAACACAUUUGUGAAGAACAAAAUAGUGUCAUAUAAUAUAGAAACAAUUACAACUUGUCAAGUCCGCUGGACAACCCCGGGGGCUGCUGUCUUCAGUCUAUAAAUCUCAGCUCUCCUCAGAAUCAUAAUAAAGUGGCAGGCCUACUUUUGAGCGUUAGCUCCUUGGAGCAGCAAUCCUGUUUGCAUUCCUUUCAGGUCACUGGACCUAGAAUGUCAGGCAAUUUAAAAUUUGACAGGCAAAUGGAAACUUUGGCACAUUCUUAAGAUCUGCCUUAUAGAGAGAGCGAGUGAGAGGGAGAGUAGUAGCCUAGAGAAUUCCUCGAUUCAAAGACCCAAGCCCUGGUUUUGACAGCAUCACAAAAAAAACUCAAAAAGCAAACAAGAAUAGUCAAGGUUGUUUUUUUGUUUGUUCACCUUUGUUGCUUGUCAGAAAAGGAAUUAUCCACCUCCGUUCUUUAUUGUGCCAGAACUCAAUACACAGAGGUUUUUGGUCCCAGAGCUGCGGCGUAGUUUGG